AUGGCGGUGGCAGAUGUGAAGUUAAAUUCACCAACUCAAACAAACAGUCAAAGUGUUAUUGUCAAUGUCAAAGACAGAGAUGUUGAAGUGGGGAAACCAUACGAAGACGAAGAUGGUAUAACAAUUGUUCCUGUAAAAGAACAACCAACAUAUCCUGAAGUUAGCAGAGACUUAAGUUCUGUUGCAGAUAUUCGAAACGACUACCAACAACUGAAAGACAAACUUCAAACUCAGGAGAAGAUUUGUCAAGCUUUAAGUAUAAUGUUAAACUUGGUCGAACACAACCGAGUGUGGUAG